GUUGAGACUAAAUUAAGCCAAAAAUAAAUUCUACCGAACUAUAAAGAAGAGCAUUUGCUGAAAAGACUUUCAGUCGCAAAUUGGUCGUAAUUGUAACAACAUGGUUUUGAACUGAAAAAAGACAACAACAAAACACCAAAGUCUCGAAAACUCAUGCAAUUCACGCUUGAGACAACAAACACACACAAACACUGAAUCAAAAAGUUUUGCCCGGAGUUCAAUUCUGAGCGCGUUUCCUUAUUCAACGGAUAAAUAACAAUUCAUGUGCAUAGAUCUGAGCAUUUUUUUCAUCGUUGGCAUUUUUUAUGUCGAGUGUUUGUUCGUUUCCAAUUUAUAUUUGCAGCAAUUUUUGAAUAAAAUAUCCAUUUAGAUUAGUUAAGAACAUAAAAAAAAACGUGUGGCCAUAAAACUCGAUUAUGUAUUACGCAAAUUGGUUGGAAAUACUUGUGUUGUGUAUACAACUACUUGGUGGCUAUGUGCAAUGUCAUCCCAGCAAAACCAAUUGUGAUAGACAGAGUGUCGACUGUCUAAAGGAAUAUGAGAGCAGGAUGCAUCCCAUGAUUCGAUCAAAGCGAGAAACUAUUGAUUCUGUCAGUAUGAUCAAUGAAUACUAUGAUGAGUCUAGUUCAAUUUAUUGGCAAAGUCGUGCCCAGCACACACUCAAAAAGCAUUUGGAACGGGAACGUAAUCUUAAUAGAGCGAAAAAUGUUAUUUUUUUCCUCGGUGAUGGUAUGUCAAUACCCACAAUAACCGCUGCAAGAAUUUAUGUGGGACAAAAUCGAGGGCAGUCAGGUGAAGAAGCUCGUUUGUCAUUCGAGAACUUUCCACAUGUUGGCUUAUCAAAGACCUAUUGUAUCGAUAAGCAGGUGCCCGAUUCGGCGUGCACUUCAACAGCAUAUUUAUGCGGUGUCAAAGCGAAUUUCCAAACAAUUGGUGUCAAUGGUCGAGUACAGCGCGACGACUGUAAUGCUGCUGCUAACACAGAAAAUCAUGUAAAUUCAUUGUUGGCAUUAGCCCAACAAGCUGGCAAAAAAACAGGAAUCAUCACAACAACCACCGUCACUCAUGCUAGCCCAGCAGGCAAUUAUGCACACACUCCAAAUCGAAUGUUCGAAUGUGAUGCAGAUAUUAUUCACUAUCAGAACAACGAUACAAAUCUGAAUGCUUGUCAGGAUAUUGCCAGUCAAUUGGUUUAUAAUGAGCCCGGACGAAAGAUUAACGUGAUCUUUGGCGGUGGACGAACCAAAUUCCUUCCAAAAUCAAUAAAAGAUGUUGAAGACUUUCAGGGUGAACGUGAAGAUGGAAUGAAUCUGAUCGAUAAAUGGUCAAGAGAGAAGAAUAAUGCCAAAGUUAUUUUUAAUAGAGAUGAAUUAAUCAAUUUGAAUAUAAAAGAUACCGAGUAUGUUUUGGGACUAUUUGCACCAGAUCAUAUGGAUUACAAUUUAGAAGCGAACGAAAAACAACCAAAACUUUGGGAAAUGGUCGAAAGUGCCAUACAAAUUUUACAAAAUGACGAAAACGGGUUUUACCUAUUCGUUGAAGGUGGACGAAUCGAUCACGGUCACCAUAAUGCACAAGCCAUUAAGGCUUUAGAUGAAACCGUUGAAUUUUCAAAUGCAAUUCAACGAGCCGUUGAAUUAAUAAAUCAAGAUGAUACGUUACUGAUUGUUACAUCAGAUCACGGCCACACUCUCAGUAUUGCCGGGUACCCAGAUCGUGGGAAUCCAAUUGCUGGCAUAAAUACUGUAGUUAGUGACAUUGAUAAUUUGCCAACAUUAACGCUCUCUUAUGCCAAUGGGCCCGGAUAUGAUACGAUUAGAUUUGAAAACGGAACACGUAAGGAUUUAACUGGUCUUAAAAUCGACUCAAAUUUUACUUAUCCCGGUACAUAUCCAAGCCAAUAUGAGACCCAUGGCGGUGAUGACGUUGGUGUUUUUGCUUUUGGUUGUAUGUCACACUUAUUCUCUGGGGUAUAUGAACAGCAUACCAUACCUCAUUUGAUCAAUUAUGCGAGUUGUAUGGGAGAAGGAAUCACAGCAUGCAAUCAAUUUGAUUGAUAUACUUACCAUUUUUAUGUGGAGAAGUAAAGGAAACAAUUUCCAGACACAUAACAAACACGACAACAUAGUUUUUUUUUUCUUUUAUGAUAAAAUGUUUCUUUAUAUUGUUCUGUUUUCUUUCACAUUUUUGUUCCAUUAAUUGAUCUGCAUAGUAAAUGUCAAAUUCAUAAAUUAAUUCAUUCUACAAAUGUUCCUUAACACACACACGUUAGUAAUAAUAAAUUUAAAGUAUAGUAAAUAGUUCGAGCAAAAAAAAAAUUCAUGUAUUUCUAUAAUAUAGUUCAAUGGGGGCUGGCUAACUCGAAUCAAAUGGUGAUUGUUCAUAGUUAGUUAACAUUGUUCAUAGAAAUAAAUGGGAAAAUACUCUCUUAUAAUUCAUUAGCACAAUUUCAUAUACUUUUAGAUAAAAUUCAAUAAAAGGGAAGUAAACAAAAAUCACAAGAAAUUGAAUCGGGGGAUAAAUAUGAUAAAGGAAAAAAUACAUCUAUUUGUAGUAAAAUGAGUGACAUUUUACAUCAUUUCAUUUGUUUCGUAUGUAUACAGAAUCGAAAACGAUUGAGAAAUAAAAUAAUUGUAUGUGUGAAUGAAGUAAACAGCAAUAUUUGUAUUGCCCAAAUCCGCGGAGAUUUCUUAUAAA